AGAUCCAUUUAUAUUUAUGAGUAAUUGAUACGUGUACUGCGCGUGUUCUCAGUUCAUUAUGUAAGCACAACUUGCUAGUGAUUAAACCGACAACAUGCUUGACUUAAAGGAUCCGGUGUUCAUUGGGUUGGUAGCUUAUUCAUCCGUGAUAACACUAGUGUGCACUGUACUGUUGGUACUUUGGUUACGAAGUCGAAAAUGUACGUUUGCAAGAAGACGCUCUACAAACACUACAAAUAGAGUUGAAAGUUUACACCAGUUGAAUAGAAGAAGCAUGGAUAAUCCAUACAGAAUAAACACAACGUCAUGUCACGUUCGAUCACUACCGUCGGUCCCAAAUAAACGUGCAACUAUUGAUGAAUAUGAUCCAAUUGCGUGCAGCUCAAAAAUUGAUCAUAACACUGUAAAUCCCCCACAUGAAUAUCAAAAAAUGGAAACAAACAAAAAAGAAGACCACCAAUAUGAAACAAUUGUCCAACAUGUGGUCACGACGUUAUCGGCAGUUUAUGAGAGUGGUACGAAGGGUGGCGACGUUUACGAAAAAUUUAUGGAACAAUUGUUGAAAAAUCUUAAAGCAGCGCAUCCCAGCUUGUAUAAUUCUAUACAAAGCUCUCAAGGUGCAAUUUAUGCGGAACUUGAAGGACAAGUGAAAAAACAGCCUGUCGUAAAUACAACAGGUGGCGAACGUCCAAGUAAUUCUGGAGCUGGAAGUGAACAAUUUUACGCUACAUAUAUUCCUAGUGAAAGUACUAGUUGUGAGAAUGUGGCGAAUAAUUUUAAUGACGUUAGGAGUGAUAUCGUUUUUGGUUCAACUGAUCAUUUAAAAUUUUUUGUGGAAAAUGAAUGUGAUGAAAGUGUUUAUGACACUAAUUCAUAUUUACCAGCUAGACGCUUUAAUCCAAAAGAUGGUUGUCCAGAAGAAUUACGAAGACUAUGUCCUGAUGAGAAAAAAUGUGCAAAUGGUAAUAAAGUACUAAAUAGAACCCCUUCUAAAGAAACACAGGAAGUUCACACAGACAACAUUCCAUCUCCUCAUGUUCUUUCAAAACCAAGUUCUGGACGUAAAGAUGAAUAUGAAUCCAUAGCAGACAAGGAAGAACUUGCCAAUGAUAAUAAACGACUACCCAGACCUCCUCCCACUGAACGAAAAGAGCAAACUGACUCAGAUAAAGUUCCAUCAACCCACAGUUUUUCAAGAUCCGUUUCCAAUGAGGAAUUUAGAUCGAACGCUACGAAGAUCAAAAGUCAACUAAGCUUCAAAAUUCCACCAGCAGUUCCCCAAAAACCACCAAAAAGAAAAUUAGUCAAGAGUGACAGUUUACAAUGACCCAUACGAUUAUUAAUUUAUAUUAUAUUCAAAUUAGAUUUUUAUCAGUAUUGUUUAAGCAGUAAAAGACAAGCAUGAGUUUUAUAUGACGAUUUGAAAAUUGUGAUUAAUGAAAUACCACCAAAGUUUCUUUCUUAAUAAGUAAUCGUUGUAGAAAUUGAAAUAACGGAUGGUUUUUGAUUCAGUGAUAUCUGAUUGUUGGAACGUUAAGGUAAGAUGCUGUUCAGUGUAGGAAGAUUAUUUACCCGAAUUAAGUCCAAUUUUGCGUAGCAAAAUGUUUCUGGAUUUCUAGAUUUAGUGUGGUAGGAGACAUAUUAAAUACAAGAAAAAUAAUAUAGGAUUUGCUUACUCGUUUUAUAAAAUAUAUUUAUAAUAUAAUAACUAAAAUAAAUCUUAGUGUACACAAAAUAAAAGAGAAACUGAGUUUGAAAA